CGAAAUAACUUUUUUUUCAGUAAAAAUGACGGAAGAAUUUUUGUUAGAUAUCUGUCUUGAACACGAGGAGGAUAGUUAUGAUAAACCCGUGAGAGAUACAUGUUCAGAUUGUGAGAGGCCAAGCCGAGUGUGUUUAUGUGAAUAUAUUUCAAAACCAAGAAUUAAACUUAGAACUAGUAUUAUCAUACUACAACAUCCAGAUGAGGAAAAAAGAGCAAUUAGAACUGGAAAACUAUUGGAAUUAGGGUUGGAAUCAGAUAAUUUUAAGAUUUUUCGGGGCAAGAAGUUUCCGGGAAAAUUUCCUGAAUUAGUCAAAAUUUUUCAAUGUCCUGGAACUCGGCUACUUUAUCCUGGACAGGAUUCCAGGGUGUUGACUGAAAUAUCACCUCCCGACCCGAAUAUCAGUAGUAUAGUGCUACUGGAUGGAACAUGGGAUCAAGCUAAGAAGAUGUUUAUCAGAAAUCAGGGACUACAAGCACUGCCAAAGAUCAUGCUCAAUCUAAGUUGUAAGAGUAUUUAUACAGUUAGAACCCAGCCAAACGAAUCAUGUUUGUCAACAUUGGAAACUGCAGUACACUCAGUGGCAUUAAUAGAGGGUAGGAGUGAGAUUAUUGAGCCUCUGCUUAAACCUCUAAAAGUAUUGUGCAAUAUUCAACUAAAUUUCGGAGCUGUUAUUCAUGACAGCAGGAGCAACAGAUAACAGCUAGUUUCUACCUAGAAGUGUUUGUGGUUGUAACAGACAAGAGCAGAUAUUACGGAUCUAUAAAUUUGUUAAAAGAUAUAGCUGUAACAGCAGAAUUUUUUGCUUUAACAGAUGAACUUUCUUUUCGGUUCUGUAUUAUAUAAUGUCUUAGAUAUUAAAUAUAAAAAAUUGAGGGAAUCAGUGUUUUAAUAAAGUAAUCAUGUUUA